GCAGAGCUUGCUCUUCCCUCACCAAAAGCAGGAGGCAGCUCUCGCUGUGUGGAGUUAGCUUGAGGGGCCCUCAGGUUCUGCCGCCGCCACCCCGUUUUCUCACACGCGAAGGAAGAGCCAGGAGGAGUAGGAGCAGCGGGUUGAGCUAAGCCCGGUGUGAGGUGAGGCUCCUCCGCUUGUUCAGCCUCACGUCCGUGUCUGCCUGCCUCUCUCUCGCUUUCCCCGCUUCUCUUUCCCAACAUGUCGGCGCCGGCGGCCAAAGUCAGCCAGAAGGAGCUCAACUCCAACCACGACGGGACCGACGAAAUCUCAGACAAAGAGCAACAGGAAGCAAUUGAACAUAUUGAUGAAGUACAGAAUGAAAUAGACAGACUGAAUGAACAAGCCAGUGAGGAAAUUUUGAAAGUAGAACAGAAGUACAACAAACUCCGCCAACCAUUCUUUCAGAAGAGGUCAGAAUUGAUCGCCAAAAUCCCAAAUUUUUGGGUAACAACAUUUGUCAACCACCCACAAGUAUCUGCACUUUUGGGAGAAGAAGAUGAGGAAGCUCUCCAUUAUUUGACCAGAGUUGAGGUGACGGAGUUUGAAGACAUCAAAUCAGGUUACAGAAUAGAUUUUUAUUUUGAUGAGAAUCCAUAUUUUGAAAACAAGAUGCUCUCUAAAGAGUUUCAUCUGAACGAGAGUGGGGACCCAUCAUCAAAAUCAAGUGAAAUCAAAUGGAAAUCUGGGAAGGAUCUGACAAAGCGUUCAAGUCAGACACAGAACAAGGCCAGCAGAAAGAGGCAGCAUGAAGAACCCGAGAGUUUCUUCACUUGGUUCACUGACCAUUCUGAUGCUGGUGCUGAUGAACUAGGAGAGGUCAUUAAAGAUGACAUCUGGCCGAACCCAUUACAGUACUACUUGGUUCCUGAUAUGGAUGAUGAAGAAGGUGAAGGAGAGGAAGAUGACGAUGAUGAGGAAGAAGGAGGCUUGGAGGACAUUGAUGAGGAAGGUGACGAUGAUGAGGGUGAAGAUGAUGAAGAUGAUGACGAGGGAGAAGGAGAGGAAGAUGAAGGAGAAGAUGACUGAACACUGACAAAUUCCAACCACCACCCCUCUUUCCAGUCCUAGGAGCAAGUUGCUAUUUCUCCCUGCCCCCUCCUUUUCGUUGCCUUGUUCUCCUGAGGUCUCUCCCCGCCCCCUCCUCUUCACUAUGGUUCACAAAUAAAUUUUGGAGAAAAUAUCAAGCGACAUACCGUGGAAAUGAAACCUCUACCUUCUACCCUUUUUUAUUAUUCCUGUUUUGAAGCAAAAACAAAAGAACUGUUAAUGGAAUCAACACACUGUGCUUUGUGGGGAAGAAAAGAAGCCUUCUGCUCCCUUCAUUCUGCUGGAAACUGAAGAGUGCUAGGCCCCUGUGUAGUAGUGCAUAGAAUCUAGCUUUUUCCUCCUUUCUCUGUAUAUUGGGCUCAGAGAUUACACUAUCUCUGUAUGUGAAUAUGGACAGUUAGCAUUUACCAACAUGUAUCUGUCGUCUACUCUUUUUUUAUUCUUUUAGCUUUUUCAUUUUUAAAAAACGAGGGAGUUACAGACAAGGCGGCAAGCAGGGUUGGGUUUCAGGUGUUAGGGUGGGUUAAAUGGGCAUUUUGACAAAACAAGGCUCAUUUGGCAUGCUCGUUUGCGUGUUUAAAAGAUGAGUUAAAAAACAAAAUCUCCUAAUUACAGUUGAGCCCUGCCACUUGAUGGAGAAUCAACAGAACCUGUAGGAUCUUAGGUUGAAUUUACAUUCUCUGUUAUACUUUUGUUCUUCGUUUUCUUUUUGUUUGACUGGGAAAAGGAAGGCUUAAAUGUUAAAAAGUGUACAAGUUGCUUUGUUACAAUAAAACUUAACGUGUACACAAGGAGGCUUAUAUUCUUCACUGGGCGGGAUGCUUCUGACCCCACCCCUUUGGUUUCUCAACAUGUAAGUUCAAAAUCUUUUGGCCUAAUAAAUAUGUUCCAAGGAAGAAAACUGCAAAAAACCAGUUGUGCAUUAAAAAUGAAAACAAGCCCCUCAAGCAGACUUACACUUUCAUGGGUUAAGGUUGGAGCAGAGGCGUAGCAAGGUCAGGUGGUACCCAGUGCAGCAUUUUGUCAUCCCCCCCUUGAAAUUAUUAAAAGAAGGAAAAAUAA